GUGAUUGAGAUGUGUUGACAGAUUUUCUUCUACAUUUUAAAGCAAAAAAAGGAUGACUACAGAGUUACAAUGGAGACGGACAUGGAAACCAGAUCUAAGGGCAUGUCCUUGGCAACAAAUGGAAAUCGAUGGAAACACGUAUUUGAUCAAAAGUCGUUUCACGGAAGACUCGUACGAAGUGAUGUUGACGGACUUGACAGUGGUGUGGUUGGAGCAGCUGGCUGAGGGAGCAGUAAAGAAACGAAUAAAGAAACUGAACCCUAGCGUGGAAGCACAAGUAACCAAAAUCUUAGACCAUAUUCAGAGUAACCUAGAGACCCCAAGCCGAGAUACUGAGUUGUCUGUGGGCUUUACAACCUCAGCUGAUUCAGGGGAUGCCGACACAGAGAAAAUGAGACUAACUGUCAGCUCUAAGCUGGCUGGAAUGCCUUUUCUGUGGCACUUCAAUGGUGAACCUGUUGCCAAGGAAGUGGUCUCUGAACAUUUAACAUUUCCUCUUUUAGCAAUGGUUGGUGAAAUGUUUAGGCGACAAGAGGAGUUAAUUAAAGUCAUAUUCAGCAAAGACAAGGAAAUAGCUGAUUACAAGUCACAGGGCGUUAAGACAUCAAGAAAACAUUAUGAGACUAUUCCCUUUGAUGAGACAGCAUUCAGACAUAAUAUGGUGACCUCUGUGGGUUUUGAAGGUCAGGUGAGAAGUCUGGGUGUGGGGGCUUUUGCAGAGACUGGCCAAGAUUUGUACCAUGAUAUUAUGACCAAACAUGCCUGGCUGAACAGAUCUCCAAGUACAGGGGAAGGCACAGACAGCUUGUCAGAUGAAACCUCCCUGGAUCAGCCCAUCCCAUCUAGUGCAGGAACCUCUUGGGGUAACAGAUUACCCCCCUCUUUAGCCCAGGUCUCCCCCAAGAUCUCACCACAGAAGAGCCCUCAGAAGAGCCCCACUAAAAGCCCUGGGGGUCGCAGCACACCAGAGGAUAGCCCGGCCAAGGAUACUGAACUUCUGAGAAGAAAAGCUUUGGAAAAACGCCUAUUGGAAGAAGAAGCAAAGAAAGAGAGUAAAGCCAAAAAAAAGAAGAAAAUUGCUUUUUAAAUGGUAGUUAUUAUUUGAAAUUUCAAUUAAUUUUAUUCAGGGAAUAAUUUUUACACUUAUUUUAUGUCAUCUUAAAAUAUAAACAUAAGUAUUUUAUGUACGU